UCUUGCAGUUUCUCUUGAACUCAAAAACCGACUUCUGCGCCUCGGUACUCCCUCUAAGCCUCAGAGAACACCAUCUUCCGUUCAAAAAGCUUUCCAUCGUCGACUUGAACCAUUCACCCAUCAUUCUGCAUCAAACACCAGGAUUGGCAUGGUAAGCCCAUCACGAUGGCCAACUUCCAGCUAUUCACAUCCCUUCGAUACGACCCUGGCUUGGUAGGCGUACCCAAAAGGCGCCUAGCCAACGCAGGUUGGAACGCGAAAAUGACCUCACCUUUCUACAUGCUUGAUCUGCACCGGGAUCGGAUGCUACGGGCUGCCACCUUUUGGAACUGGACCCCUGCCAUCGAGACCAUCUCGGGAUCGGACGGCCUCCAAAGAUUGACUGAGGCGAUUGAGACUUUCUUGACUCAGCAUGGCAGAGAGAAACCGCUGCGAGUCAAGGUCUUACUCGAUUCAGAAGGAGAUCUCAGCUGCGAGGCAUCACAGGUCCCGGCUGUACCGCUUGAGAACCUCUUCCCCGAACGCCUUCCCCCUCCAGGCAACUCGAAAGAAGCGGGGUAUCCUUUGGAAGAAAAUCCCAUGACGGUAGUGAUUGAUAACACCAAGACCGCGCAAUCCGAGUACACGCACUACAAGACUACAGAGAGAACUAUGUACGACACAGCCCGAAGUCGAGCGAGUAUCAGUCUGGCAGAUCGCAAGGAGGUCCUUCUCGUAAACUUGAAAGACGGGUCUGUCAUGGAGGGUAGCCUGACAACCCCGUUCUUCUGGAGAAACGGCAGAUGGGUCACCCCGCCGGUAGCUACUAAGUAUAGUCCCGAAGUUGGGAGCGGUGGCCAAGACGGGACCACCCGUAGAUGGGCACUUGAGCGGUAAGUCAACAGCUCUGCCAUUUCCCGCCAACAUGGGAUGAGUGUUCGACUAACUAAACCAGUGGGCUGGCUGUGGAAGAAGGA